CAGAGAUAUAAAUUGACCCACCCAACAACAGUUGUUGCUGUAAGUUCUUGCAAAGUGACACAUAAACGUCUGUCUGUGAGAGUCGGCUUGGUCAUACUCUUCAUGUUUUUGUUCUUCACAUCUCAAAGACUCAACUUACAAUGCGUGAGUGUAUCUCAGUCCACGUGGGCCAGGCUGGAGUCCAGAUUGGCAAUGCCUGCUGGGAGCUCUACUGUCUGGAGCAUGGGAUUCAGCCGGACGGACAGAUGCCCAGUCACAAAGCCAUUGGCGGAAAAGAUGAUUCCUUCAACACCUUCUUCAGUGAGACUGGAGCUGGGAAGCAUGUCCCCAGAGCUGUGUUUGUGGACCUAGAGCCCACAGUCAUUGAUGAGGUGCGCUCUGGAACCUACCGCCAGCUGUUCCACCCUGAGCAGCUCAUCACUGGUAAGGAGGAUGCGGCCAACAACUACGCCCGUGGACACUACACCAUUGGCAAGGAGAUUAUUGACCUGGUGCUGGACAGGAUGCGCAAACUGGCUGACCAGUGCACAGGCCUUCAGGGCUUCCUGGUCUUCCACAGCUUUGGAGGUGGAACUGGCUCUGGUUUCACCUCCCUGCUGAUGGAGCGCCUGUCUGUUGACUACGGCAAGAAGUCCAAGCUGGAGUUCUCCAUCUACCCAGCUCCCCAGGUGUCCACAGCUGUGGUGGAGCCCUACAACUCCAUCCUGACCACCCACACCACCCUGGAGCACUCUGACUGUGCCUUCAUGGUGGACAAUGAGGCCAUCUUUGAUAUCUGCCGUAGGAACCUCGACAUUGAGCGUCCUAGCUACACCAACCUCAACAGGCUCAUUAGUCAAAUAGUUUCCUCCAUCACCGCUUCCCUUCGUUUUGAUGGUGCCCUCAAUGUUGAUCUGACAGAGUUCCAGACCAACUUGGUGCCCUAUCCCCGUAUCCAUUUCCCUCUGGCCACCUAUGCUCCAGUUAUCUCAGCAGAGAAGGCUUACCACGAGCAAUUAACUGUAUCUGAAAUCACCAACGCCUGCUUUGAGCCUGCCAAUCAGAUGGUUAAAUGUGACCCUCGCCAUGGAAAGUACAUGGCCUGCUGCCUUCUGUACCGUGGUGAUGUGGUGCCCAAAGAUGUAAAUGCUGCCAUUGCCACCAUCAAGACCAAAAGGUCUAUCCAGUUUGUUGACUGGUGCCCAACUGGUUUCAAGGUUGGAAUCAACUACCAGCCCCCCACUGUGGUCCCUGGUGGAGACCUGGCCAAGGUCCAGAGGGCUGUGUGCAUGCUGAGCAACACCACGGCUAUUGCUGAGGCCUGGGCUCGGCUUGACCACAAGUUUGACCUGAUGUAUGCUAAACGUGCCUUUGUGCACUGGUAUGUGGGUGAGGGCAUGGAGGAGGGAGAGUUCUCUGAGGCCAGAGAGGACAUGGCAGCUCUGGAGAAGGAUUAUGAGGAGGUGGGGGCUGAUAGCGUGGAAGGAGAAGAGGAAGGAGAAGAAUACUAGUAAUACAUUGGGUGUUCAUCUCCAUAACUGUCCAAAGUAUUGACUAUUUCCAUCUAUAUUUGCUCUAAUGUAUAAAUUACAAAAAGAAGAAUCAGCAAUAUAUAAUUAAAUCCAAUCAAGUUAAAUGAACUAAGUCUGGAUUUUUCUGUACUUUGUGACACUAUACUUAACCUAACUGAAGUGUGUUUGCAGUUAGUAAUAUAGUGUAGUAGGAGGCCCUCUAAUGUUUGCACUAGCACAUUGGCUCAUGGCCCUUCUGGGUGUUGUGCUUUUUGUCCUGAAGGAGUUUCCGUACUGGUGGAGACAUGUUUUUUGGCUAGAGGGCAGUAUUCUGUAACACUUGAAUCUUUUUUAGAUCUUUUAUCCUGGAUUCAGAGGUUAACACAGUAACUCAUGAAAUGAGUAGUAGCUUGUCAAGAUCACAACCUGCAGGCUACUCAUUGAUGAAUACCUACCUGCAGUAGUUUCAAUAAAGCACAAACUGACCACACAGAGGGCACCUGUACCACACCAGAGACUUCUGCAAGUUCCUGAGUUUCAGACUAGAGACAUUCUUUCCACACAAUCUGAUUGAGUGGUUUGGCAUUCCAGGUGAGGUGGUAAUAGUGAUGACACCACCAUUUUUUCACCGUGUAUUUGCCUUUUGUGCUUUUCUUUCACUCUGAAUCUAUGAGCUUUACACAAAGUGCUGUAAUGUGGACGGCUUGACAGUUGCCCGUCUGACAACCCAAGUCUAAAAUAGGGCCUGGUAUUCAUAGCCUGUCAUGGGGGAGAUCUGUCAAGCUGGCAGACAGGUGGGAUUUAAAAAUACUGUUAUUGUUCAUUUGUUACUGGUCUAGACCAAAAGAUAUGGCAGAUUAAAAUAAAUCUAGAAUACGUCCUAAUUAACCUAAUUAAAUGGAAUAGCUAAAGUAAAAAUACUUCCAGUAAUAACACUACAAAAUGGUUUUGUAUAUGAAAAAAUGCCAAAUCACAUACCAGAGUUGUAAAAUUGAUUUAUUGUUUUACAUUUAGUCAUUUAAACCUACACAUGAAAUGACAUCCAAAAUUCAUGGGCUCCAGUGACAAAACAAAAUGGCCUGUAACUUGGAGUGAAACUAACAUGUUAUGACUACUUCAUAGUACAUAACAACCAGGAACUAUGUUGGAUAUUGUAUUAUUCAACAAAAAUGAUUAACUUUACAUUUUCGGGAAAACACGUUGUUAUUGUGUGGGAAAGCUUCUUUACAUGAGGCUGUGUCUGCAUUAAAAUACAUCACCAGUGGGGUGAGCAGGGCCUUCAUUCUGUCUUUACUAUCUCAUCAACAGAGAUUGAGUUCAUGAAUUCUUCAUUAGCCUAUUAUGCAGAACGGAAAACAAUAAUUUGGAUGUAGGAACAAUAAACAUACUAAUCAUGUUUUAGAAAAGCACAUUCUGAGUGCUCUCGAUAUGUGUGUAAGACCUGGAGUUCCACUAUAUCAAACUACAUUUUCCCCCAUCACGCAAACUUGAGGUAAUUGACUUUAUAGGAUAAUAAAUAAAGUAUGUGUAGUUGGAUAUUGUUUUUCACAAAUAAUAUUAUAACAGAGCAUUUUGAUUGGUUUGAAAAGCUGUGUACUUCAAAAAUGUACAAAAAAACACACAAAGUGAUCACAUGCAUACAAAAGUUGAGAAAAAAAAUGAUUAUUUGGUUUAUUGAAGCAUAACCUAUUUUUUAUCCAAUAGUAUCCAUGCUAUUGAGAAUCUCACAGACCAUAAACAGCAAAAAUGCUCUCAAACUAAUCCAUUAUCCUAACAAUCUUUGCAUAGUCAUAUAUACUGUCUAUAAUCCCAUAUAUUCAGCACCAUCUCUGAAAUCAACAAUGUACAUCCACUCCCAAUCCAUGUCCUUUAACUGAAGUAUUGAAGUUCUCAUUUCAAUCAUCCGCUUCCAAGGCAAAACAUACAGAUCUCUUUGUCAAUCUGAUUCACUCAAUCAGGUGUUUUCCUUAUGUGCUCACAAACAGACAGCAGUAGAUUAAAAUGUUGUUCAUACACAACAGAAACACAACAGAGACUAAAUGGAGGGACACUCCAAGUCUACAUAA